AUGGAGAUGAUGCUCAGUUGGUGGAGGCCUUCCUCCAGGUCCAAGCCUAAUCUGGUGAAGCAGCCGGAGAUACAAGCCAAACUGUUUGAUGAAAUACAAGGAGUUGUUGGGAGUGAAGCAGAGGAGGUGAAGGAGGAGGAGCUCCAAAGGAUGCCUUAUCUCAAGGCAGUGAUUUUGGAGGGGCUGAGAAGGCACCCGCCCGGUCACUUCGUGCUGCCGCACGCGGUCACAAAGGAAGUGAAGCUCAAUGGAUACGUGAUCCCUGUUGGGGAGCCCGGGGUUGCUUCCGUGAACUUCAUGGUAGCAGAGAUGGGGAGAGAUGAGAAGGUGUGGAAGAAGCCCAUGGAGUUCAGGCCCGAGAGGUUUAUGGAAGGUGGUGAAGGACAAAGAAUCGAUUUAACUGGGAAUAAAGAAAUCACAAUGAUGCCUUUUGGAAUUGGGAGAAGGAUAUGUCCAGGACUUGAACUUGCUUUGCUGCAUUUGGGAUAUUUUGUGGCUAAUUUAUUUAAAGAGUUCAACUGGAAAGUUGCAUAUGGAGAAGAAAUAGAUGUUGAUCAGGAGAAAAGUGAAUUUACUAUUGUUAUGAAAACUGCUUUCCGCGCUUGA